AUGUAUGGGUCAACACCGACACCGACACAAUCAUUUCCUUCUGGAAUCAUUUCACUUCAUGUUCCUCAGAACAGUGUAGUCGAACAUUCUUCAAAUGUUUGUUCUACAUAUUAUUAUAUUAUCGUAUUCAUACAUGGCCUCACCGAAGAUCGCGAGAGUACGUGGAGAGCGGCGGCGAAUUCAAGUGAUCCAUGGCCAAAGACCUUGCUCUCACCCAUAAUUCCCAAUGCUCGAAUCCUUACUUUUGGAUAUGAUGCCUAUGUGACUGACUGGAAAACCAUGUUGUCUCAAAACAGGCUAGGCUGUCACUCGUGGAACCUGCUGACAAGGCUUGCAACUCAUAGGGAGGCUGAUAACACUAAUGACCGCCCCAUAAUCUUUGUCUGCCAUAGCCUGGGAGGUCUUGUUUGUGAAUAUGCAUUGACUAUUUCUGCACGACGUUCUGAUGAGCAUCUCAAGAAAAUAUCAAAUUACACUCGAGAUAUCGCGUUCCUGGCUACACCACAUCAUGGGUCGGGUCUCGUCCAAUGGGCAGAAAAGCUCGCGCAUGUUGUUGGGGUGCUCAAACAAGUUAACAGGGAUAUCUCGAAAGUGCUUAAGGGAUGA